UGGCGUGCAGAGCUUUAUUUUGACCCCAGGCCAGAGCUUUAAUAUAUUUUCAAUAGAAGCACUUUGCAAUUUCGGCCAUUAUAUGCAGGCAUGCAUGUGCUAUUAUAUACAGUUAGUAGAGACUCUAGUAUGUGAUGUCCAGUGAGCUUCAUCUAAUUGUCUUUUUUCAACUUUGCCCCACAUUCACACACACAUGUGCUGUAACAGCAUCCUGGUUUUCCUGCAGCUGUGCAACACUGCCUCCACACCGCCAGCUGGUGGCAGUGGAUAGCUAACCCCUCAUCCCUGGGAACAAAGGAGUAAACAACUUUGUUUUUCUCAGACCAGACUUGAUUUGUGCAUGAACGCGUUUGACCCAAAUGAAGAGAGAGACUCAACUUAGAGAUGAGUGUCUAGUUUACAGAUUACUGAAGAGUGAGGAAGUGUUAGAAGUUAGUUCAAGGUUUUGAAAAGACUGCAUGGGGAGCAAUGUUUCACGCAUAUGAUCCAGUUGUAAAAGUUUACUUUGAAUAGGGGCUUUUAUUUCUGUGCAGCCAGUUUCGUAUCCCUUUAUUUCUGAAGAUAGUGUAGUUGUUUUUCAGCAGGGGAUCUGGUGACCAUCCAUUGCAAUGCUUUUGUGCAUAGCUGUGUUUUUUUUCCAUGUGUGCGGCAGCCCAGGCGGUGUAACAGCAGACUCAAAGCAACGCACAAGACUUGGAGUAAACAGCUUUGGUCUAGAGCAAAACUAUUUUCCUCUGAGCUGUGCAGGGAGGACCUCUGCCAGACUGAGGCCUGCUCAGUUGGUCUGUUUUCUUCUAGGAACCUGUAACCAUCAAUCAUCAUCAGCCCUGCCUGUUUUCCUCUCUGCUCCCUCCACACCCAGUAUGCAUGUUUAUUAUGCUGCGUUCACACUCAGUCUGGAAAUAUGGGCGCUGUGAGAAGAGCUACACCUAAGUGGCUCAGCUCAGAUAGUGAAUAAGUGUUAAGGAAGUGGUGAUUUUUCAUGUUUAAGUUGUCACAAUGCGAUUAACAGCUGAUAAGGAGUCACGGGAGAUGUGACUGUAUGUGCGUUGUGCUUUUAGUUUCAUUUUGAAUUAUGGUUUCGCUUUUUGUUCUGGCAUCAUGAGUGGGUUUUGCUCAUGGCAUAUGUUGAGACAUGUUCUGGGGUUCCUGUAAUUGUCUCUUCCUACACCAAGAGGGUUACCUGUAAAGGUGAUAGUCAAAGUUUGAUUUGUAAAUGAAGGCAAGUAGACGGAUUGACGUUUUUUGUACUUUCUUUAAUGAUUCUUUAAGCAUAAAUACACCAUAAAAAAACAACACAAACUAGGAGUAGUUUCAAAUAAUCAGAUGGUUGACGGUUCGAUCCCACUCUCCCUACGUAAUGCGUGCCGGUGUGUCCUCGGGCAAGAUACCGAACCCUAAAUGGCCCAAAAGGCUGUGAUGGCAACUUUUGAUUGAUUUGUGAUCGAGACAGGGAUAAAAAUUCAAGGUAUAAAAAGUUUGUAUCAAGCCAUUUCUGAUAAACCAUAACCUAAUUGAAAAUGUUCAAACCGCUGCUGGUGGGGGGGGGCAGUAGCUUGAGCAACAACUUGAGAAAACUUUGCGGCUCUGGCUUUUCCAACUACAUUAAUCUCAAGGCUUUACAGCCCAUUCAAAGUAAAAGAUAAUUACACUCAACCACCAGCAAAAUGGAAGAACCCCGAUGGUGAGAGUAAAUCCAUAUUGUGUAUUUGUUACAUCUGAUCAAGCAGUGGGGCAAUAAUGCAUGUAUUUCAAUUCAGACUUAAAUAUCUGUUGCAUGGAGAUGCGUGUGCGAAUGACAGAAUGGCAAAACUGUCUUGUUUACCCCCGGAGAGGUGAAGAUUCCGUGCCCCGGCAGAGCGCCUGAACGCAGCACCGCCCAGCCUUCAAACCUCUCCUGAGGCCUUACAUAAUAAAUGUACAAAGCCCCGCCCACUUCUGCAGGCUUCAAAUAGGAUUGCGGGCCUCACAGAGCUGAACACUCCGAGCUUUAACAGGAGAAGCGAACACAUCUGGACACUUUAACGCACUGAGGAAGAAGAGGUGACGAAAAACUUCUCCUGCAAAUAAAAAACGAACAACAAAAAAAAAACAAGAAUGAUUUUCGACAAGUUGAAAAAGUUGGACAUCGUGUUCGACUCCCCGGAGCUGGACUGUCCCCCGGUGUUCAGCAGCGGGGACGUGGUGUCGGGCCGGGUGGUGCUGGAGCUCAGCGGGGAGAGCAGGCUGGACUCGCUGAAGCUCCACGCCGAGGGCUUCGCCAAAGUGCACUGGACCGAGUCCCGGUCCGCGGGCUCCAGCACCGCCUACACGCAGAACUACAGCGACGAGGUGGAGUACCUGAACCGCAGGGAGGUGCUGCUGCAGGCAGAUAACGGUGAUGUAACCGUCCUUCCCGCCGGCAGACAUGAAUAUCCAUUUAGCUUCCAGCUGCCAGAGGAGACGCUGGUCACCUCCUUCGAAGGGAAACAUGGCAGCAUACGUUACUGGGUCAAAGUGAAGCUACACAGGCCCUGGGCCUCUGUCAAGAAGCUCAAGAAGGAGUUCACUGUCAUUGAGCCCAUUGACAUCAACACACCAGCCUUCCUGGCGCCGCAGGCUGGAACGAGGGAUAAGAUGGCCCGGGCAUGGUAUCGCAACUUUGGACAAGUGUCAGUGACGGCAAAGAUCGACCGCAAAGGCUACACACCAGGUGAGGUGAUACCCGUCUUCGCGGAGUUCGACAACUCUACCUCCAGAUCCAUUGUGCCCAAAGCCUACAUCACUCAGACGCAGACGUUCAUCGCCCGCGGCACGAUGAAACAGAAGCACUCGGUGGUGGCCACAUUGUCUGGCGACAUUGUGGGCGCCAAAUGCCGGGAAACUUGGCACGGACGCGCCAUCAAAAUCCCUCCCGUGGGGCCCUCCAUCCUGCAGUGCCGCAUCAUCAAAGUGGAGUACAUGCUCAAGGUCUGUGUUGAUGUUCCUGGAACGUCAAAGCUGUGUCUGGAGCUGCCGCUGGUCAUGGGCACCAUCCCGCUCCAUCCCUUCGGUAGUCGGACCUCCAGCGUCAGCAGCCAGUACAGCGUCAACCUGGAGUGGCUGCGAAUGGCCAUCCCAGAGCAGCCUGAGCCUCCUCCAGACUACAGCUCUGUGGUGACAGAGGAGGAGGCCGAGCAGUGCAACAACAACACGGUGGUCUCGGAGCGGGCCGACGACCUGAGUGGGAUCCUGGAGCGCCCCCUCAUGGCUUUUGUCCAAGAGUUUCGCUUCCGACCUCCGCCAGUGUACUGCGAGAUUGACCCCAACCCUCAGCCCAUCAACAUGAGACGUCGCUGCAUGACGUGUUGAACCAUGAGCUCUGCCUGAAAGUCAAGCGACUGAAAUUAAUGAAAUGAAUCAAGAGAUUUGUCUUCGCCUGGAUUACUUCUCUCUGACAAACGGUACCUGGUCCCACCAAGCGUUGUGGCGGCAGACCGGGGUUCCUCGGAGACGUCAGGAGAGAAGGAGCUCGCAGGACCUGGCUGUCGGUGGAGGAGCUGCCACUUUGUUUCCAGUCCAUAAAGUAAAGUGGACGCUUUCCUGGUCUGUCGAGGGGUCGGGAAGCAACUCCUCCACAUCAGUUCCUGUCCUCCCCCAAGUGAUUUUUUUUUUUUGGCUCAAGACAAAGUGAGCUGCAAAUACGUCCCAAUCAACGAUUCCCUCACGUGAUGAGAUUUUUGAGAUUCAAGGGACAUGUUGGGGGGGAAAGAUCACUUGAUAUUUGUCAGGUGCAGAGUUGGAGUUGCAACAGAUGUUGAAAAAAAAUCAUCUUUGAGUGGCGUGAAGAAAGAAGUGCAAUUGUUGUCUUCAGUUUCCACUCCCCUCUGCCUGGUUACACAGACUUUAACAAACACAUGGCUAUCUAUGCAUUGUGUGACCGGACGGCAGUGGGCCUGUGAUGAUUUAUACUCUUGUUUAAGCUCAUACUGUAUCUGAAGGUGUGAAGGUGGAGAGACGAUGACGUAUUCUAUGCAUGCAGGUAACAAUAUGUAAAAGGGAAAAAUACCUAUGCCUUAACUAUCUGCAGCGGGAGAUUGCAUGGGAGUUUCAGGGAGUCGUUCUCUCAUAGCGUUGAAUAGAACUUAAUGUUUUCUGAAAGAACUUAGAACAAAAACGGUUUGGACUGUAUGUGGAUGAAUUCCAAGUGAAGUGUUGUGUAAAUGCAAAGUGACUGAAGUGUCAGGUAGCUGUGGUUGUCGGCUUUAGCACAGUUAAAUAAAAAGCAGUAGGAAGAGCAGUUUGUGUGUGUGUGUGUGAAGCUGCACGAGGCUCAUAGAUUACCUCUCAGCUGCUAAACAAGAGGACGAGACCUCUGAGCCGUGUGGCCUGAAGCACAGACGGGAGCCAGAUGCCUCGGUGCUCCGUCAGGCUCAUGCACGGUGCGACGCUCGGCGCUCAAGUGGAGCCUUAAGCUGGAGAUGCCACUGAAGCGCACGGACAAAAGAACAUUCCAAAUAGACUCGAGGAUUAUGUUUUUCUCCUCAACUUCCAAAAAAAACUGGUCUUCGGGGUCAGCCGUGCGACUUCCUUGGCACGCACUGAAAAAAACGAAUGUAUUUUUAUACAAAUGCAGUUGUUGAUUUGUAUUCUUGCCAAAGUUUUGUAAUUGUUUUUUCUAAUAAAAACUCUUUUAAUGGA